AAUGAACGCACGUCUUCUUCCCAAGAGCACCUUGGUGCUCUUUUUGCGGGCCGGACGAGCGAGCCUCCCGGCGCUCGUCACGAGCGGCCCGCAUGUUCUUUGUGAAGUACCUGGAUCAGAAGCAAGGCGAGGCGCGGGUCGUCGAUCAGCAGCAGCUGGUGCGCCAACGCUUAGAAGCCUUUCUGCAGAAGCGGCCCAGCCCAGAGGACUUGCAAGCGCUGGGGAUCCUGGGGCGGCAGCAGCGUUUCGCGCUCGCCGCGGAGGUAGUGAACGAGCUGCUCAAGAGCCGCCUUCGAGCUCAAGAGGAGGCGCUCGAACGCCCGGGCUGCGGAGAUCGCCACUACGAUCAGCAGCUGCUGCAGCUUUUGAGCGGCCCAGCUUCACAAGCUCGCCUGGAAGAGCUCCGAGCACGCAGCGUGGAGCAGAGGAAAGAGCUGCAAGUGGCCCAGGAGCGGUGGAAGGAGGCCAGCGCAGACUGUUUGAAGAAAUCCUGCAGCCCUGUGGUGCCGCAGCUCAUCGGGCGAUUGAAUGAAGCAGGCCGACUUCUGGCAGAGCAUCAGGAGAUGAAAGCGGGACCUCUCGCGGAGAUUUCUCGGGAGAUUUGCAGCUUUCAGAAGUUGCUGGUGAAGCGUCGUGCUCUUCAAGACAUUGUGGCCAUGGCCGAGCGCACGGACGCUGCGCGGGAGGCAGUCUUCUCGUUCGGUCGGUGCCCCGAGGUGGAUGUGAAAGGAUUGCUGGAGCUUUGCACUCGUCUGCCAGCGCGGAGCAGGGCUGUAGGCCUCAAGCGCCUGCGCUUCUUGGUGGAUCCUUUGCGCCGUUUGGUUACACAGGAGCUCUUGGACGUUUUGAAGGCUUGCUGGCCCAAAGACGAGGCCCAAAACGCGCAGGUGCCACACGCACAGGUGCUGAGCCUUUGCAAACAGCUCCGCGACGCACAAGUGGUGGAUCGCGAGCUUCGACGUCUCGAGGGCAAUGAAGGUCCGGUGGAGGAGCUGUGGCCCUGUGCAGCUUUGGCGGCCCCGCUCUUGGCACGCUUUCGACAUCACUUCUGCCGGCCAGACAGCGAGCUGUGCCGCAUGGACAAGCCAGAGUGGGCCUUCAGAUACCUCACGGAUUGCGCGGCGGAGCACGCUGCGGAGUUGGAGGGCUGGAUGGGCGAUGAGGUGGACACUGAGCUGCUCAACGGCUUCGCUGCCUCCCUGGCACACGAGGCCCGACGGUUCCUACGGCAGCGCUUGCCGGUGUUGGCGGCGGAGGAGUCGAAGCCUUUGAUGCUCCAUACCCUGCAGCAAAUGGUCCGCUUCCAUUCCUCCAUCCUCACACUGGGCGGAUCGCAGGCCGCAGAGGCUUUGAUGCUGGACUUCGAAACCAACUGUCCCUUGGAGGAGGCGCCCUCCCACGCACCUACCAGCCCCACGAGAACGCCUCCUGCCACCGGUGGCUUGCUUGCGGCCCGGCUGGCUCGCCUAGCGCCAGCGGCCGUAGAAACCGCGCUGGGGAGGUCCGAGGGUCCCGCGGUGGGUUUCUUGGACCUUUGGGCCUCGGUGGAUGCUGCCUUCGUCGCUGAGAAGCUCACCGAAGCUUUGGCGCGCUCCGGCUCUGCCUGGCGCGUGCGGAGUGUCGACCCCACGGUGGAGCAGGGGCCAGAGAUCUUCACGCUGGCGACCUUGCUUCCAGACCUUUUGGAGCGCUCCGCCGAGCGUGUGAGCUGCCUCUCCACGGAGUCAGCUCGCUGCACCUAUUGCUCUGUGGUCAUGGCACCAGGGCUUUGCGAAGUAGCCAAGGCUUUGAAGCAGCGCUGGAAUGAGAUGGCGGACCCUUUGAAGGAGCCCAAAGAGGUGGAGCGGCUUUUGCAGACCCUUCAGGAGUUGUGCAUCUUCCUGGAUGGCUUCCAACUGGCACGUCACAUGGUGGCUGCUUGCGACGAACUCCGGCAACUGGAGGUGCUCAUCAAGAAGAAGCUGACGGAGCUGCAGGAGUCGGCGGAGCAGUGACACAAAAA